CCAACCGCCCUCGGAACCCACUUCUCAUGUGAGAUAACGAAGGAGGAGAAGAAGAAGACGGAGAAGGUGAGAGAACGCGGCUCCUUUUCCUUUUUUUAUACAGCAGGUGCUUCUUUCUCUGCCGACAAUGCGCCAAGUACCUGCCGCGACUCGAAGAGGAUGACCUGUGUUCGCCUCACCUGCCGGGAGAAGAGGAAGCCAACCACUGCCUCUCCGACCUGUGCCAGGGAAGUCCUUUCGUAGCUUCUUCCGUGAAGUGUGCCUGUCUGGGGGGCUGGCGGCCGAUGGGGUAUAAGGCUAUAAGCAGGUGAGGUGAAGGAGCCGAUUGGAGGGAGUCCGCCCCUCAAAGUUCUAAUUUUGGAGAUAGCGGGUCAUCAAAAACAUGUCAUCGCCUAGUCCCUCUCUUUCUGAUCACCUAUCUAGAAAGAUUAGUCCUCUUGGUCUCAGAGUGUGGGAGAUAAUUGGUAUUGGUUUUGGAGCUGUCCUGUUAUGUGCACUGUCAUUGUUGUUGAUGUGUGUCUGUUGUCAGAACCGGAGAAGGUAUAGAAGGGCUUCUGGUUACUUGUCUACUACUGAGAUACCUGCAUUUGCACGGGACAUUGAGGAAGUUCCAACUGAGAAGCCCAUAAAAGAUGAUUCUGCUCUUCUUAAAGUCUAUGAUGGCUCUAGUGACCAUGAUUCAAACAAGGGUAUGGACUUCGGAAAACCAGAACCAGGUGAAGACAAUAGCAAUGUUGGCUCAUUAUAUUUCGUCCAGAAACAUACUAGCUCCAAAUCCUCUGAAAAUGGAAGAACUGCAAUGGAUGUGGUAAACAGGCAGCACUAUGCAGAUCCAGCUGGUGCUCCACAAUUGUCAAACCUUCCAGAGUUUUCUCACCUAGGUUGGGGCCAUUGGUUUACCUUAAGAGACUUAGAAAUUGCGACAAAUUGGUUUGCAAAGGAUAAUGUUAUUGGUGAGGGCGGUUAUGGAGUUGUUUAUCGUGGAAAGCUGAUCAAUGGAACUCCAGUAGCAAUCAAGAGGCUUCUCAACAAUUUUGGCCAAGCAGAGAAAGAGUUUAGGGUGGAAGUUGAAGCAAUUGGUCAUGUUCGCCACAAGAACUUAGUUCGGCUCCUUGGAUUCUGUGUGGAAGGCACUCAAAGGAUGCUGGUUUAUGAGUAUGUCAACAAUGGGAAUCUUGAACAGUGGCUUCAUGGGGUUGUAGAACAGAAGGGUUCUCUUACUUGGGAUGCCCGUAUGAAGAUUAUCUUGGGAACAGCUAAAGCGCUUGCCUAUUUACAUGAGGCUGUUGAGCCAAAAGUUGUUCAUCGGGAUAUCAAGUCCAGUAACAUAUUGAUCGACGAAGACUUUAAUGCCAAAAUGUCUGAUUUUGGCUUAGCAAAGUUGUUGGGUGCUGGGAAAAGCCAUAUCACUACCCGCGUGAUGGGCACUUUUGGGUAUGUUGCACCAGAAUAUGCAAAUUCUGGAUGUCUUAAUGAAAAGAGUGACAUAUACAGCUUUGGUGUUCUUCUCCUGGAGGCCAUUACUGGGAGGGGUCCAGUUGACUAUCGACGUCCUCCUGAUGAGGUUAAUCUUGUUGACUGGCUUAAAUGGAUGAUUGCCAACCGUCGCUCUGAAGAAGUGGUAGAUCCAAGCAUAGUGAUUAGGCCAACUUCUAAAGCUCUUAAAAAAGUCCUUUUAGUAGCAUUGAGGUGUGUUGAUCUUGAUUCAGAUAAGAGACCCAAAAUGGGGCAGGUUGUUCAAAUGCUGGAACAGGAGAAUACUAAAUCAAAUGAGGACCAAAGGCCUCGGCACAGUAGAGUUUCAAAGAGAGAUGCUGAAACAAAACGGGAGGAUCUUGAGAUAAAUCCCAGUUGAUUCUAAAUCCAAGGGAACAAGGGAGAACCAGAAAAAUGAUAGGAGGGACAACUAAAGUGCUGGCAAUGAUUAGGAUAUAUUACUAUUUUUUUUAAAAAAAUAAAAUGUUGAUUAGACUUACAGGGCAACAACUUUGCCUGUGCUCAUUUUUUUUUUUCUUUCAAAGUUGUUUACAGAGGGAUAGAUUUAAGAUUGUUUUAGGAAAGUAUGUUAUGGGGUUGUGUACAUGGUAAAAGUUGACAAUAUGCAUAGGGAGCAACUUUAUUGUUAACAUUAAAUUGAAGUAUGUAUGUGCUAAGAAGAAUACUGUGUUUGUGUAAGCACAUGAACGUUCAUGCAAAAGUGUAUGGUCACUUUUUGUUUGUUUAAAGGUUUAAUUAAU